CGAGGUUUGUUUACUCAUUCAGCGGGUGCGCGCCUCAGUCCAAGAUGGCUACCGGAGACAAUAGUGGUCGGGUUCCGUGUUUAAAUUUCUCCGGACCCGGACCUUUGGGUAACAGCCAACCGAGCAACAGUCCUUACGCCUUGGCCGCGAGUCACGGAGGAUCGGUUGGAGGCGGCGGAGGCUCUCAGGGCGUAACGAGACGCUCAAAUCCUCAACCGGGGCCUGCGGGCUUGGAAAGCCGCGGUGUUGCCUCAGGACCUCCGCCGAACCUGAUGAACUCUCUCCCGGCUGCCGCGGCGUUAGUGGGGCCGCCGGCUUCGGCCGCCUCGAAUAUGACUGGAAAACCGUCUAACGCUGCGAUGACACCGGCGACACACUCGUCUCCGGCCGCAGCCGCCGUGCUCGUGUACCGGGAGCCCGUUUAUAACUGGCAGGCGACGAAAAGCACCGUGAAAGAGAGAUUUGCGUUUUUGUUCAAUAAUGAAGUACUGAGUGAUGUUCACUUUCUAGUGGGUAAAGGAAUGGGAGUCCAGCGGAUACCUGCGCACAGGUUUGUUCUGGCCGUUGGCAGUGCAGUAUUUGAUGCCAUGUUUAAUGGAGGCAUGGCCACCACAUCCACAGAGAUCGAGCUUCCUGAUGUAGAACCUGCUGCAUUCCUCGCAUUGCUCAAGUUCCUGUACUCUGAUGAGGUUCACAUCGGGCCUGAGACGGUGAUGACGACUCUCUACACUGCUAAGAAAUACGCCGUUCCGGCUCUGGAGGCCCAUUGUGUGGAGUUUCUGAAGAAGAACCUGCGCGCAGACAAUGCUUUCAUGCUGCUCACACAGGCGAGACUGUUCGAUGAGCCGCAGCUGGCCAGCCUGUGCCUGGAGAACAUCGACAAAAACACAGGAGACGCUCUGGCUGCUGAGGGAUUCACAGAUAUUGAUCUGGGUACUGUAUCACGGAAACAAACCCACGACACGCUGGUUGCGGUGUUGGAGAGAGAUACUCUGGGUGUGCGCGAGGUGCAUUUGUUCGGAGCGGCGGUUCGCUGGGCAGAAGCUGAAGCUCACCGACAGCAGCUCCAGCUCACGCCAGAGAACAAGAGACGCGUGCUGGGAAAAGCCCUCAAUCUCGUCCGCUUCCCGCUCAUGACCAUCGAGGAGUUCGCCGCAGGUCCUGCUCAGUCGGCCAUUCUGACAGACAGAGAGGUGGUGAGUCUGUUCCUGCACUUCACGGUGAAUCCUAAACCGCGCGUGGAGUUCAUCGACCGGCCGCGCUGCUGUCUGCGGGGGAAAGAGAGCAGCAUCACGCGCUUCGGGCAGGUGGAGAGCCGCUGGGGUUACAGCGGGACCAGCGACCGCAUCCGGUUCUCUGUCAAUCGCAGGAUAUUUAUUGUGGGCUUUGGCCUUUAUGGAUCCAUACACGGACCUACAGACUAUCAGGUCAACAUACAGAUCAUUCACACUGACAGUAACACAGUUCUGGGUCAGAAUGACACCGGCUUCAGCUGUGACGGAUCGGCCAGCACCUUCAGAGUCAUGUUCAAGGAACCGGUGGAAGUUCUGCCUAACGUCAAUUACACGGCCUGUGCUACAUUAAAGGGUCCAGACUCGCACUACGGCACUAAAGGCAUGAGGAAGGUCACGCACGAGUCGUCCAGCUCCGGCACCAAAACCUGCUUCACCUUCUGCUACGCCGCGGGAAACAACAACGGCACAUCCGUCGAGGACGGCCAGAUCCCAGAGGUCAUCUUCUACACGUAGUCUCCGCUGGUUUCCAUCGGCACAUGAUAUUGCA